AAGUUGUCCAACGCGGAGGUCCAGAUUGAAGAUCUGAAGGCUCAGCUGGACGAUGCCUUGGGUGCAGAAGAUCUUCUCGUGCAGCUUACAGAGCGCAACCUCAUGCUUGGAGAGAAAAUCGAAGAGAUGCGUAUCACCAUCGAGGAUCUCGAAGCUCUCAAAGAGCUGAAUGACGAGCUCGAGGAGAACCACGUGGAGACUGAGAAAGCUAUGCAAGAAGAGAUCGGUAAGCGUUUCUGGCCUGCACCAGUAUUUUUGUGUGACGCCUUUCCUGCAGACGCAAAGGAGAUGCAAUCUGCUACAGCUGCCUCACAGACGGCUGCGAUGAUGUCGCUGAACCUCAAGCUACAGUCGUCGGCGUUGAAGAACCAGGUGCGGCAUAUUGACCUCGAAGUCAAGAAGAUCGAAGCACGCGAGGCCUGGGACUUCCUCACCAUCGUCCAGCCG